AUAUUCUCCACGAGCUUACAAACAUUGAAGAGUGUGAAGGAUACAUUCUUUACUGGAUAUUUCAAUGAUCACUUUAGUCCAACUGUUGAGGAAGAUGACAAUGCAUACUUUAUUGAUAGACCUUUUGAGCAGUUUCAACUGAUUUUAAAUUAUUUGAGAGGAAUUGACAUCAAGGAACAAGUUGAAAAUUUGAAUGGGAAUGACCUUGUGGGGUUUGUGGAAGAAGUUGUCUAUUAUCAAAUUACACCAAUUUAUGAAAUUCUUCCACCUAAAGGAAGAAGUUUACUCAAAUCCAAGUAUGGAAUUAUUUUAGAGAUUGACACAAAUAGCUCAAACACAGUAGAAUUUGAUCCACAGUAUUGUUCUGCAAAUCUUGUCUUGGAAACACCAACUAGACUAAAGAAAACAAACACUUCUGAUUUGAAUUCAAAUGUUUUAGGAACAAAAUCAAAUCAUUUCAAAGUUAAACUCAUAUCUAAUUGUAAUAGUUUAAUGAUUGGAUUUGCACCUAAAAGUAUUAAUGUGAACGAAACAAAUAAUAAUACAAAAUGUGGAUAUUAUUUAUAUACUACUACUGGAACCAUUUAUUCUCAGAAUGGAGAAUCAAACAAAAGCUAA